AUGCAGGCAGAGGCAAAAGACAGGCGUGCAAGCCGAGCAUGGCGGCUCACUCCUGCCGUCAUCUCACCUCCAGAUGCCAACCAGCAUCGUCAGGAGCGGGCGUUCCGCUCUCAAAGCUGGGAGGAACCUGAAACCAGUCAUCCAAGUGCAGUGUUCAACAUGUUUUGCAGCAGUUGCCACUACCUGCUGUCUGAGCAUGGCGAGAUGAUGCAAAUGAUGGCGAACCCGUCCUCCUUUGCUUUUUCCACAAGUCAGCCUCCGCACGGGGUGAUUAUGACGGGAAGCUCGUGCAAGUCCCAGGAAAGCUGCGAUUGCAAAGUUCAAGAUUUCCAGUGUCGGUGCGGAGUUCGGCUGGGCUACUACUUGGAAUCCCCUUGCGCAGAGUGUCGUGACUCCAAGACAUUGCCGAGAUGGUUCUUGUGCCCAAGGUCCGUGGAAGCCGAGCCGCAUGAACCCGAGGAUCUGCGACCAAAGGAGAAGGGGAACCUGGGGAACCUUGCCGCGACCCUUUCUGGGAAGCCAAAGCCGACGAACCCGCCGUGCAUUGAGCAGAACUUCGAUGACCAUCAGCAUGUUUCAGAAUUUCUAGAACGUGUCGAGGGUCUCGUGGGUGAGCCGGUCCCCAGCUAUUCUGCCAUGAAGUCGCAGCCGAUGUCGGAGACAUUCCAUUUGGGAAGACCGGGUGUUGGUCACGACCACGGUAGAUUCCAGGAAGCCUUCCGUGAGUGCCAGCCCCUCGAAACGGCCAAACCGGCACGUCGUCCCAGGUCGAGGGAGUCAGUCUCAUGUCAGACCGAUUUCACGAAAGACAACCUGCAGCCAGAUGCCAUGAUCAGUUUGAAGGAGGCAAGGUGUGAAGCUCUGGAAGCACAGCUUCGGGUUUCGCAGGCCGCAGAAAGUGCGGCACUAGCCGAAGCUCGGGCAGCGAGAGCAGCCGAGAUACAGGAGAUCGAGGACUUGGACAUAGAUUCCCUCCAGGCACUGCCAGGAAGUCGGCUGGAAUUCGCUCAGCGCUUGGCAGAAAAGAGGAUGGAACUGGAAAGAUGGCAGCAGGCACUGCAGCACAAAAGCCAGCGUCUGGAAGAGGUAGAGAGGACACUGUGCACGGGAGGGAGACAGAAGCCAUCACAGGGAUUCGCCAGCUCUGUGGCGAGCUCCAUGCCGCAACUCAAAACCACAGCAAAGGAGGUGUUCGGCACUGCCGAGUUCAUGGCUGGUACAGGCAUCGUGGCCGUGAAGGCUGUAGCCAAAGCGGGACUGAUUGCCUCGCGACUUGUCAUCGCCUUGGCCAAGCCUGUUUUUGGAGGAUUGAGGGCUGCAGGUCGCACCACCGCAAACUGCGUCACUGGCUACGUCCAUUCGGCUUUGGCGAAGGCUGCACUCGACACUCAGCAGCGCGAGAUGGCGCAGGCCACUUCCAUAAGACGUUCAAAAUAUUACGGGAUGUCGAAUGUCAUGGCGAGCCCCAGACUGGACGGCAGCGGUGUGCCUCCAGCUCGGCAUGGAUGGCAAUGGGACAGCCCAGCACAUCCUAAUUUGUGCAGCCAUGGGCCUAUGAUGUCGCCUGGGUGGCAGCCAUCGCCAAUAUACCCAGUCUCUCCUGCACCUUCUUUGCAUUCAGUGCUGCAUUCGGUCCCGCUGCAGCCUGUGUAUGAGCGUGAGACCUUCCUGGGUUGGAUUCGUAGAAACAGUGGAUGUGGCUUCCGCCAUCGCCCAGCUGCUCAUCAGACGUGGCAUCAUGCUGUGCGCUGA